CCCCCACUUAACUGAACCCGGUCCACGUUGUCACCCGGCCCAGAUAAUCACCCCCAAACGACAACGUUGAAACCGGGCCAGAUAACUACGUCCCUUCCUUACUUACGGUUACGGUCUUACGGAUACGCCCCUUCCCCAAACCCAAACGAGAGAAACCCUUCACGGGUGAUGCCCGUAAUUAUAUUCAGAAUGCAAGGGGUACUUUCGUUUCAUUAGUCUUUGGUCGGUUCAACGGUACAGACACAUCUCUUCUCUUCCUUCAGUUCCUGUUAACAGCUUGUGGUCGUAUUUGUAUAAAUAAAUAAACCCUGCAAGGCUGCAACCGCCAGCAAACAACGCAAGCAGCUUCUUUUCCCUUCGUUCCUUCAAAUUCCGUCGUCGUUUCGUUUGUAUCUAUCGGAGAUGUCGUCGUCUUAUUAUUACAGCAGCUCCGCUCCGUCGGCUCCUCCACGACAAGUGGAGGUGACCAUCUCCUCCGCCAGAGACCUCAAGAACGUCAACUGGCGACACGGCUCCCUCAAGCCCUACGUCGUCGCCUGGGUCGAUCCACCCAAGUCCAAGUACUCCACCAAGGUCGACGACGACGGCGACACCUCCCCCGUGUGGGACGAGACCCUCGUCAUCCCCUUAGUCGCCCCCAUCGAUGACUCCACCCUCUUCCUCGACGUCGUCCAUGCCAAUGCCGCCGAUGACACCAAACCCUUAAUCGGGUCGGCCCGCAUUCCGCUCAAGGAGAUCGUCGAUGAUGUUGGCUUCGGCGAACGAGCCCACCGUACGUUGCAGCUGAAACGGCCAUCAGGUCGUCCACAGGGAAAGAUCGAGGCCAAGAUAACGGUCCGCGAGCCCCGCUAUCGUGCACCGGAUCCGUACUACGCUCCACCCUAUGGUGUCCCACCGCCACCACCACCUGCUACUUCUAAGGACUACCCUUACUCUGCCCCGCCACCUUACGGGUACCCGUAUGCUGCUCCUCCUCCGCCGUACUCAGCGGCCCCACCGGCGGACGCUGGGUACUCAUAUGGUGCCGCUCCACCUGCUCCAUACGGGCAGCCGCCGUAUGGUGAAGAGAAGAAGAAGAGUAAGUACGGGAUGGGAACAGGGUUGGCCGUGGGUGCGGUAGCAGGGGUGCUGGGUGGGUUGGCCUUGGCGGAGGGCGUUGAUUAUGUGGAGGAUAAGAUCGCCGAGGACGUAGCAGAGAAAGUUGAGGAUGACUUGGCGUAUGACUAUGGAGGUGAUGAAUUCUAGACUAGUAGUUGCAGUUUGCAGAGGAAAGUAAAAGAUAAGAGAGAGGGACUGGGAGAGUUGAGCGGAAAACGGUGGACUGGUGGUUGACUGAUUGAUAUUUCAUAUUUGGCCGUCUCGUACUCGUUGUUUGUAAGUUUGUUACGAUCCAUGAUCCAUCCAUCAUCAUACAUAAACCCCAUGAUAAAUCCUCUCGUCUCGUCUAGAAAAAUAAAUCAAUGAUAUUUACCCUCUUUUUUUUGCUUGAAUGAUCUUUUCCGGUUCUCAUUCAUUGUUAUGUUAUGUAUGGCAUUUCAAAUUUGAUUUCUCU